AUGAGCCACCACACUAGAAAUAACAAUCGAAGAAGCCAUACAAAAUCUCGCACUGGCUGCUUGACAUGCAAGCGGCGCCAUAUCCGUUGCGACGAAAGCUACCCUCAAUGUCAAAACUGCACCAAGCACAAAGUCAAGUGCGCAUUCCAAGACGCACCAUCGCACGAAGAAACCCUGCUCCAGACAUCACCGAUCGAUAAUAAAUUGCAACCAUUCUCGACUACCAAAUCCCGAAGGCCUUGGUCGGCAAAAGCCAGGGCGGAAGUGAGGCAGUGGAGAAGAACAGGAUCUAUGCCAAUCCCGGACGCACGUAUACGGAUAACCCUGCAGCCGACAAUCUAUUCCGAGGAUGAUCUGUGCUUUGUCUACCAGGCUGCAAGCAACCAACAUAGACUCACAGCAAUGGGUGUUAGCAAACUUACAAUCAUAUCUUCUUACUUACCAAGCUUCUUUCGAAUUAUUGCCAGCUCCCGAUUAGCCAUGAACGGAGUCCUUGCUCUAUCCGCAUACCAAGUCGCAUCGGUUACCCACUGCCAACAUGCCCGCCGAAAAGAAUACCAAUACCAGAUGCUGGCGAUCCAGGAUCUUAGAAAAUGUCUUGCCAACUUCAGCCCCGAGCAUGCAGAUGGAGCACUUGUGGCUUCCAUGUCACUUUUAUGGCUGUGCGAGGAUAUGUGGGUAGACCGUCGAGCCGGUGUCAAAUAUCAGAAGGAAUUACUGCUAUUGGGACACAGAUCAGGAUUUUACCUUAUGCUUGCCAAAGCCUGGCAACCAGCUUCCGACCGAUGCAUAGCCCCGAUGUCUGAAUUUGAAAGAUCGUUGAUACUGCAAGAUUUAAUCAUCGAGAUGUACAGAUUCCAGAUUCUUUUGAGAGAAAAGAAUCCUGAAGACGACACGUGGAGGAAACUACGAAUGCUGAUCGCCUUGGCUCAGGAUUUGGCAAAGCUUGACCCUUCAUCAUCACCCGAGAAGCAGUUUGAACGCGUCAGGCUGCUACGAGAUUACCAGCUAUGGCUUCCGCUUAACGAUUUAUUGUCGGGGAGGAACCUUUCUAAUACGCUAAUGGUCAACGCCUACCUAUACACGCUCGCUCUUUACGCUCAGCGUCACACGUCACAGGCUGACAUGAUUGAUUCAACGAUUGACCUGCGAGAUUUGUUGGAAACUACAUUACGACAGGUCAGCCCUAUUGAAUCGUAUAUCGAGCCUCUCAAUAAUCUCAAGGCUCUUGUAGCCUCUAUAUAG